UGCACUUGCCGUUUGAAACGUACGAAAUGCUUUCCUUUCCUUUUGCUUCACGUACUUCUUGUGCUGCCUGUAAUGUUCCUGGUACCUAGAGUUCGCCCUAAGCCCUCACCUAUCUUCCUCGGACUACCAAAGCCCCAACUGUCUCCCGGUCUCGCAAUCGAUUGAGACCGCGACGACCAUUUUGGCUCCGGCCCCGUGGGGCGGGCUACAAGGGAGCCGCUGGGAGGUACGGAAGGGGGCAGGGACGGGGCUGGUCAGCUGAUCUCUGGAAAGCCCAGCACGCAAAUGCGGAAGCAGCCCGGCCCCUUGUCUGACCCGUUUCCGGCCGGUGGUGGUGGACCGGCUGGCCUGAGACGUGUAACUGGGAGGCGGGCCGGAGCCAUGGCCGAGAAGAAAUCCAACGGCGGCGGCGGCUCCUCCGCCGGCACCAACUUACUCUUCUCUUCGGCUUCCGAGUUCAACUUCAAUGUGCCCUUCAUCCCCGUCAGCCAGGCCCCCGCCUCCCCGGCCUCUCUGCUUCUCCCGGGAGAAGACUCUACAGAUGUUGGUGAGGAAGAUAGCUUCCUUGGUCAGACUUCUGGUCAUCCUACUUUACCACAGACAUUUAGUUAUUUCUCUCAGGUAUCCAGCAACAGUGAUCCUUUUGGGAAUAUUGGACAGAUGCCAUUAACAACUGCACCAGCACCUGUUGGAGUGCCAACGUUGUCUAAGCCUCCAUCUUCCCUUCCUCUUACAACUGGAUCUCCAGAUGGUCCAAAUACAUUUUCAUCACACAUUUCAAAGACUCAGUCUGUUUAUAGUGUUGCACCUCCUUCACAGAUGGGAAUCAGUGCUUAUCAGUCUUCUCCACAUAGUAAUCUCCCACCUUCAAACUUUGCAAGUUCCCACGGAACACCACAACAAGGAUAUAAUCCAUAUCGCCAUAACCCUACCAGCAGCAGAGCUAACCCUUAUAUUGCUCCACCACAGUUGCAGCAGUGUCAGACUCCAAACCAUCCUGCCCAUACAUCAUCCUCUGGACCACCUCUUCAGAUGUAUCAGAGUCCUCCUGGAUCAAUGCCACCGAUUCCUCCAGCCGGACAGACGGUCAUGUCAUCACCAGUCCAACAGCAGCUUCUGGCUAGACCCGCAGCUCCUGUGAUACAAGCACCACCUCCUCUUUUCCUUCAGAAUCUGUAUGAGGCAGUUCAGCCUCAUUGGUUUUAUUGCAAGGAAGUAGAAUACAAACAAAUAUGGAUGCCAUUCAGUAUGUUUGAUUCUAUACAUCUUGAAGAAGUUUAUAAUUCAGUCCAGCCAGAUCCUGAGAGUGUUGUUUUAAGCACGGAUGGUGGACGAUAUGAUGUUUACCUCUAUGACAGAUUGAGAAAAGCUGUGUAUUGGGAAGAAGAACAGACUGAAGUUAGACGCUGUACCUGGUUUUACAAGGGGGAUACAGAUAGCCGGUAUAUACCUUAUACGGAGGAAUUCAGUGAAAAACUGGAGGCAGAAUACAAAAAAGCUGUAACCACCAAUCAAUGGCAUCGUAGACUUGAGUUUCCCAGUGGAGAAACAAUUGUUAUGCAUAAUCCAAAGGUUAUAGUUCAGUUUCAGCCUUCCUCAGUGCCAGAUGAAUGGGGGACCACACAAGAUGGACAGACAAGGCCUAGAAUUGUAAAACGUGGAAUUGAUGAUCAUGAUGAAAUUCCUGAUGGUGAGAUGCCUCAGGUUGACCAUUUAGUAUUUAUGGUACAUGGCAUUGGUCCUGUUUGUGAUUUACGUUUUAGAAGCAUUAUUGAAUGUGUUGAUGAUUUCAGGAUGGUUUCUCUAAAAUUGCUGCAGACACAUUUUAAGAAAUCUUUAGAUGACCAUAAAGUAAGCAGGGUGGAAUUCCUUCCAGUUCAUUGGCAUAGUUCCUUACAUGGUGAUGCUACAGGUGUUGACAGGAACAUUAAAAAAAUAACUCUACCAAGUAUUGGCCGUCUGCGACACUUUACCAACGAAACCCUGUUAGACAUACUGUUUUACAAUAGCCCCACCUACUGUCAGACUAUUGUGGAAAAAGUAGGAAUGGAAAUAAACCGUCUACAUGCACUUUUUAUCAGUCGGAACCCAGGUUUUAAAGGAGGGGUCUCUGUUGCUGGACAUAGCUUGGGAUCUUUGAUAUUAUUUGAUAUACUGUCUAAUCAAAAAGACUUGACUUCAAAAACUGUGCCUCUAGCUACUGCUAACGGUGUCAUGAAGCAUACAGCUCCUUUUGAAAAGCAGGCAUUAGAAGAUCCAAAGGUGCCAAUGGAUGAAUCUUGUGACCUUGAUGUUGAAAAUGAAGUCCUAACUUUGCAGGAAACCCUGGAAGCACUUAGCCUUUCUGAAUAUAUCAGCACUUUUGAAAAGGAAAAGAUAGACAUGGAGUCUCUGCUUAUGUGUACAGUCGAUGACCUAAAGGAAAUGGGAAUACCUCUUGGUCCUAGGAAGAAAAUAGUCAACUUUGUAAAAGACAAGGCAGCUAAACUGGAGCAGAAAAAAGAGGCUUCAGACAAGAAAACCUUGAUGGCUAACUUAAGAGGUCAAGAAGAAACUGCUCAGAGAGCAAAAGAAACAACUCGCGUGGCUUCAGAGGCUGAUCCAUCAAAGAGAAAACUUCCAGUUGGUCCUUUUGUGUCAUCUGUGCAUGUAGAUUAUGACUCUUUUGAAAUUGGAACAGGACAGGUUUCUGUGGUUUACAACUCAUUAGACUUUGAACCAGAGAUUUUCUUUGCCUUGGGAUCACCAAUUGGUGUCUUUCUCACUGUACGUGGAGUGGAUAAGAUAGAUGAGAAUUACAGGCUUCCUACCUGUAAAGGAUUCUUCAAUAUUUACCAUCCACUUGAUCCCGUGGCGUAUAGAUUAGAACCCAUGAUAAUUCCAGAUUUGGAUAUAAAACCAGUUCUCAUUCCACAUCACAAAGGCAGAAAAAGACUUCACCUAGAGCUGAAAGAAAGUCUCUCUCGUAUGGGAUCUGAUUUGAAACAAGGUGUUAUAAGCUCUUUGAAAAGUGCCUGGCAGAUAUUAAAUGAGUUUGCACGUGCUCACACAUCUUCUACUCAGUUACAAGAAGAAUUGGAGAAGGUAGCUAGUCAAAUCAAAGAAGAAGAAGAAAAGCAAGUAGUGGAAGCAGAAAAGAUUGUUGAAAGUCCAGAUUUUUCCAAGGACGAGGACUUCUUAGGAAAGGUUGGAAUGUUAAAUGGAGGUCGCCGUAUUGACUACGUUCUACAAGAAAAGCCAAUAGAAAGUUUUAAUGAGUAUCUUUUCGCUCUUCAGAGUCACUUAUGUUACUGGGAAUCUGAAGAUACUGCUCUGUUACUACUUAAAGAAAUUUAUCGAACAAUGAAUAUCAGCCCUGAACAGCCCCAGCACUGAUGAAACUACAGUUCCUGAACGUUCCUGUGGUGCUGAGAAAAUUCUAAAAGGAAUCCCUACAAUUACCCUGGUGAUGGAUGAAAAGAAAUUGUUUCAUCAGUUCUUCAUUUUACAAUUCUGAGAUAUAAGAUUUUGUUUAAAAGCAUAUAAACAGACACAAUGAAACAAAACGCAACACCAUCAAUACCACAUUUUACAAAAUGCAGUUGGGAAAAUAUAUAUGUAUAUUAUAACAAAUGAUGCAGUUUUAAUUUUAUCAAAUCAUUUUAAAUGUACAGUUGUCAAAUUGAUGUGAUCAAUGAAAAUAGGUUUGUAGCAUGCGGACUGUUAUUUCUUAUCCCUAGCAAACUACUGUGAGAGGGUUGGUAAACUUGUAUUUUUUUUUUUCAUCAAGGCAGGAUGUCCUUUUUAUUAAAGUAAGGACUUCUUGAGAAACUGUAGUAAUAUUUUUUCUGAAUAAUUCAUAUUCCACUUAAAAUGUGAAUUUUAGCUUUGGGCUGCUAGAAUGCAGGGUCAUUUGUAUUUGCUAAAAGUAAGCAGCAGAAUUCAUUUAUAUUCUAAGAAGGAUCUCAGGCCUUAUGAUGCCCUUUUGCUGAUGUAGAGUAGAGAUACCUAUGGAGGUAAAUGCUCUAAAGAGGUAUGAGAGCUGCCACAGCGUGUGUAUCUUUGCUUAGGAAGAUGAAUGGAGGCCAGGGACAGAAAAUGAGAACAUUUUCCCAUUUUGUCAUCUUAGAGAGCUGAUGUAAUCUGGCUGCUGAUGUUCCAAAUAAUGUAAAAAACCAAAGUGGGUUUUGGCCAGAUAAUAGUUUCAUUUUUUACCAAAGCGUGUGGCAAAGUAUGAAAUGUAUUACUUCUAAGAUAUAAAGCUAAUAAUCUAUGAAGGAUGGCUCUUUAAUAUUUCAGUUUUACAUUUUUAAUUCAAAUUAUCUAAAUAUUUUCCUAAUGCUAACUCUCUUGUUAUGCAGUAGAAGCAUUUUGCACUAUUUACAUAACUCAUGAAACAUGGUGAUUUUUUUUGGGAAUCGAUGUAUGAUACACAUUUUGUGUAUGUAUAUGUUCUGAUUAGCGUGAAUAAAAUAGUAAUAUCUGCAUUUUUACAGCAAA